CAUCAUCGUACUGGAGGACAGCAUAUCCUCAGUUGUGCUCCCACCCUAAGGAUAUACAGAAGCACCAGGAGCUCACUGGUGCUGAAGACAUUUGGUUUCUCCCUCUUUGGAUGCUGGUUUGACCUUGCAAGAUGUACCUGCGAGUAGCAAGCAUCCUCCUCCUCAUUGUGGCCUCUGCAGCAGCCCAUGGAAAGGGGUAUGUGGUGAAGAAGGUGGUGCCCUUCCCUGUGAAGAGCCAUGUGAUGUCAGUAGCUGGUGAGCCUGGUCCUCCAGGUGAGCCUGGACCUGAGGGACCCGCUGGCCCUCCCGGCCCCCCUGGAGAGGAUGGUGAAGGUGCACCUGGACCCCAAGGGCCUCCCGGACCCCCUGGAACCCCCGGCCGUUCCAUCACUGGCAAAUCUGGAACUCCAGGUGGACCUGGAAAACCUGGCAGCCAUGGACUACCUGGUGAGAAGGGAGAUACUGGAGCCACUGGACCAAUGGGACCUAGAGGAGCCCCCGGAUCUCCUGGAAGCCCUGGGCCUGCAGGUCUGUCAGCUACUGGCAAGCCUGGACCCUCAGGUCUUCCUGGAGCGAUGGGACCCAGAGGAGAGCCUGGUCUGAAGGGGCAUCCAGGAGUACCUGGACUGCCAGGUUCUAAGGGUGAUAGAGGGGUGGGAGCUCCAGGACCUCAGGGUGAGACAGGACCCGAGGGACCUAUGGGCCCAACUGGAGCACCAGGUGCAUCUGGAGUUGGAAAGCCCGGAAAGCCAGGUAACCCAGGUGAGCCAGGAAAGUCAGGUAGCCCAGGUAGAGAUGGUGCCACUGGUCCCAUGGGACCACAGGGACCCAAGGGACACACUGGUGCCCCAGGUGUAGGUCUUCCAGGUAAACCAGGUGAGAAUGGUGCCCCAGGUAUGCCUGGUCAAGUUGGCCCUAAAGGCCACCAGGGACCUACUGGAGCCACUGGUGCCCCUGGAGUCCCCGGAUAUGGAAAGCCAGGUGCAAAUGGAGAGAAGGGAGAGAGGGGAGCAACAGGUGCCACCGGUGCCACAGGUGCAAAGGGAGAGCAGGGUCACACUGGAUAUACUGGUGCUACUGGUGCAACUGGCCCCAUUGGUCCCGUUGGACCUCAGGGUGAGAGAGGGUUCCCAGGUGAGACUGGUUCUGCUGGCCCUAAAGGGGACACCGGUGCAACUGGACCUCAGGGACCUAAGGGACACAAGGGAGAUCAGGGAGCACAGGGUUUCCAAGGAAAGCAGGGUUAUCCAGGUGCAGCUGGUCCUCCUGGACCCAGAGGUGCCACUGGACCCUCAGGUGACAAAGGUCAUGCAGGUGCCCCAGGUAUCCCAGGUGCCCCAGGUAUUCCAGGUCCUGCUGGACCCAAAGGUCAUCCUGGUCGUGCAGGUGAGCCAGGUGCCUCUGGAUCUGAUGGUUCUCCCGGUCCCAGAGGUCCCUCUGGGCCUCAGGGUCCCGCUGGCACUCCUGGCCUUAAGGGACACCCAGGUCUCCCUGGUGCUCCCGGCCCUGCUGGUUUGGCUGCUAAGGGCGUCCCCGGACCUCAGGGUCCCCCAGGUCAGCCUGGUGAGCCUGGAUCUGAUGGAGAAGCUGGUCCAGCUGGUCCUCCUGGUCCCCCUGGCCCUCCCGGUGAGGUUGUGUUUGAGAAGGGUAUGGGAAUGAGUGAGGUUAUGGUCAAGUCCCCCAUGUCUGCUUUCACUGCAUCUCUGGCCACCCCCUACCCUGCUGCUGGCAGCCCCAUUAAGUUUGACCAGAUUGUGUACAAUGCUGAGAAUCACUAUGACCCCGAGUCCGGCAUCUUCACUUGCCAGAUUCCUGGAGUCUACUACUUCUCCUACAGCAUCCAUGUCAAUGGAGCUCACGCCCUGGUGGCUCUGUACAAGAAUGGCCAGCCUGUUAUGUUCACUUAUGAUGAGUACAACAAGGGCUUCCUGGACCAGAUGUCCGGUAGUGCCGUCCUCUUGCUUGAUGAGCAGGACACCGUCUACGUCCAGAUCCCUGAUGAUGAGGCCAAUGGUGUCUUUGCUGCCGAGAAUGUCCACUGCUCUUUCUCUGGGUUCCUCAUUGCUUCAACGUGAUACGUUGAUAGCAUAGUUCCCAAAAGCCAACCAACUAAAUUUGCAAACUAUUUCUCAAAGUAAACUCCCUGUUCAUUUUUCCUCAGCCCAACAGACAGGUAGUUCACCCUUCUUUGAGGAAUAGUAGCAUCUCGACUUGAAAACUACAAGAAAUAGGUGCUCAGAAGAAGGAAAUCUAAUUUAUGAAAACAGGUGAUCAGGGAUGGGGUAAGCAAUCCAUAAAGUUACCAGUGAGCUCUUAUAAUGGAGACAGCAUGUGAAAUUGAGGUAUUUUAACUGUAUUGUGUCCUGAUUUUUUUUCUUUUCCACUCUGUUCCUGUUAUACUGAUUUCAACUGGUGACUCUUAAUUUAGUGUUUGUCUGUUUUUGUUUGUUUUUGUACGACCUUGUUUUUUUUUUUAUCAUUCGGGUGACCAAUAACACUAAUACCUUUCUGUGCAACAUUUUGUAACUAAAUGUGACUUGAAAAAUAUUGUGAAAUGUUAAUGGUCAAAUUGACCGUUAUGAAAGUCACCAGAAUGCUGUCAUGGAAACUGUUUAACAGCAACAUUGUUAUAUCCCUGGACAUGCAUUAUGUCAUGUAAAACAUAAUGACCAAAAUAAAUGCUGUCUUAACAAA